GGUGAUCUGGCGCAGAGCGGAGGAGGUGCUUGGCGCUCGCUCCUGCUCCGCCCCUCUCCUUGCGGCCGCCGGGAGGUUGGCCCUGCUCUUCUGCCCUCCAGUAGAAUGUGGAUGACACCUAAGAGGAGCAAGAUGGAAGUCGAGGAGGUUCAGGGUUUCCGGCCCGAGUGGACCCAGCGUUUCUUGGUGGUAGAGCCUCCGGAGGGCGAAGGGGCCCUGUGCCUGGUCUGUGGCCACCUCGUCGUACCCAUCUGCGAACGCGACGUCAGGCGCCACUACGAGGCCGAGCAUCACUACUACGAGCGGUAUGUGGAGGAGGGCGAGCGCGCGGCCCUGGUGGAGCGUAUGCGUCAGGGCGACUUGCCCGAGAUCCCCCCGCUCACUCCCGAGGAGAGAGCUGCUCGUGCAGGCCUCGGGCUCGCCCGCCUGUUGGCCUUGAAGGGUCGCGGCUGGGGCGAGGGGGACUUUGUAUACCGAUGCAUGGAGGUGAUGCUGAGAGAUGUAUUGCCGGAUCAUGUAAGCGUCAUCGGUGGCAUUGAUUUAUCUCCAGAAAUCAUCCGGCAGAGGGUCCUGAACAUUAACGAGAAUCUACGCAGUCAGCUUUUUAACCGAGCCAAGGACUUUAAAGCCUAUUCCCUUGCCUUGGACGACCAGGCUUUUGUGGCCUAUGAGAACUACCUCCUGGUUUUUGUCCGCGGUGUGGACCAGGACUUGGAGGUGCAAGAAGAGCUUCUGACCAUAGUCAACCUGACUCAUCACUUCAGCGUCGGUGCCCUCAUGGCGGCAAUCCUUGAGGCCCUGCAGACAGCAGGGCUUAGCUUGCAGCGAAUGGUAGGGCUAACCACAACCCACACUCUGAGGAUGAUUGGUGAGAACUCAGGACUGGUGUCAUACAUGAGAGAAAAGGCCGUAAGCCCCAACUGUUGGAAUGUCAUUCAUUAUUCGGGAUUUCUUCACUUGGAACUAUUGAGCUCCUAUGAUAUAGAUGUUAAUCAGAUCAUAAAUACCGUAUCUGAAUGGAUAGUUUUGAUUAAGACAAGAGGCGUUAGACGACCUGAAUUUCAGGCUUUGCUAACUGAAUCUGAAUCAGAGCAUGGCGAAAGGGUUAAUGGACGAUGUCUGAACAAUUGGCUUAGAAAAGGGAAAACUUUAAAAGUAAUAUUUUCUCUAAGGAAAGAGAUAGAAGCAUUCUUGGUUUCAGUAGGGGCAACAACAGUCCAUUUCACAGACAAACAGUGGCUUUGUGACUUUGGCUUCUUGGUGGAUAUUAUGAACCACCUUCGAGAUCUCAGUGAACUAUUGCGAGUCAAUAAAGUCUUUGUGGCUGCUGCCUUUGACCAUAUUUGUACCUUUGAACUUAAGCUGAAUUUACUUCAGAGACACAUUGAGGAAAAAAAUCUAACACACUUUGCUGCCCUCAGAGAAGUUGUUGAUGAGCUUAAACAGCAUCUUAAAGAAGAUGAAAAAAUACUUGAUCCUGAUCGAUAUCAAGUGGUGAUCUGUCGCCUACAAAAAGAAUUUGAGAGACAUUUCAAGGACCUCAAGUUCAUUAAAAAGGACUUAGAACUUUUUGCAAAUCCAUUUAACUUUAAACCUGAAUAUGCACCUAUUUCAGUAAGGGUGGAGCUCACAAAACUUCAGGCAAAUACUAACCUGUGGAAUGAAUACAGAGACAAAGACUUGGGACAGUUCUAUGCUGGAUUGCCUGCUGAAUCUUACCCGAUUAUCAAAGGGGUUGCCUGUAAAGUGGCAUCCUUGUUUGAUAGUAGCGAAAUCUGCGACAAGGCAUUUUCCUAUUUGACUCGAAACCAACACACUUUGAGUCAGCCAUUGACAGAUGAGCAUCUGCACGCCCUGUUUAGGAUCGCCACAACUGAUACAGAGCCACACUGGGAUGCUCUUGUGCGAGGAAGAAAUCAAUUGAAUCCAUGAGCCUUUUGUAGUCCCACAUUGAGACAACAUUGAGGAAUCCCGUUCUAAAAGCAAAAAUUUGUCUGAUUUUUCAAGUUUACUAAUUUGGAUCAUGGGAAAGCCCCAAGUGUAUUCAGCCAAAUUGAUCAUGAUUCAAAUUCUUCUCACAGUUUUGUUGUUUUGGUUUUUUUUUCAUCUCAAGAGGCAGCAUGCAACUGAAACAUGCGAACACCUUUUUUAGAACUUAAUGACAAAAUCAUUGUCUUUUGAUUUUAUGGUAUAAUUGUUUUUAAAGAGGUUUAGUGCCAGUAAUGUGAGUGGAAUUAGAAGUAUUCUGAAGAAAUUUUAGCUCUUAUUUUAACAAAAUGUUAAAAUUCUGAUACACAUAGUCUGAAAUUAUCAACUCCUUAAAUGUAUGCUUAAGCCAAUUUGCAGAAACUCACAAGGCAGUUCAGGAGUUUCUGAAAAGGAAGAGCGUACAUUCAGUGGAAGUAUUUUGUCAAGCUAUCAAAGUGUUUGUAACUUUUUUUUUUAAACAUUUUUGAGUCUGAGGUAAAUAUUAAGAUUACCUCCCUCUCACCUCCUCCCUCUCCACCUCAGCGAUAAUGAUAAUUAGUAAUCAUAGAGGAAGUAAUCAAAAUUUUAGGAGCAAGAAUUAUUUUUUAAAUUGCUGGUUAGAAAGCUUCCUGCAAUUUGGAGAUCAGAGUAACCAAUUUUGGAGGUUUCCCCUGAAUUUUUCACAGUUGGGUGCUGUUUUACCAGCUUGCCUAUUAAAGGACUAUGGUAAGUAUAGAAUCUUAAUGAUUGCCCAUUAGUAAUUCUUUUUUCUGUUGUAGACAGAAGUUUGACCUUGUCAAUGAAGAUGAGGAAAAAGGAUUUUUCCACACAAGUAUCAGGAGCAAAUUCAAGGAACCAGGAUACAACCAAGAAUUUAGAAGGAACGGAUACCUGAGCAAUGAAAAUAGAUGCCAUGGGAACCCAGGCACAAAAAUUGUGUCAGUGGUUCUCAACCAGAGGCAGUAACCCCUCUUUCCAGAAGAUGUUGGAAAACACAGGGGACUUUCUUUGGUUGUAACAUUUACUGGGAGGGUCUGCUGGCAUUUAAAUGCAUAGAACAGCCAGGCACAAUGAAGAAUUAUCCCUCUCAAAGUGCCAGUAGACACCCAAUGUAUAUUAUUUUAUUUUGAGGGACAAAGAAAAUUACCGGUAGAAACAAAAUUAGAAGUUCAGGUUGGACAAACUGACAAUGCUUGAGAGGGGAAGACAAAUUCCAACAUUCUAAGUUUGGCUGGUAAGGUGCAAUAAAGGCUUUAAUAGGUUUUGGUACCUCACAAUAGCAUUUAUAAGCCAAUAAUUAAUAUUAAACAGAUUAAAGGCUCUACGAGUAUUCUGUUUAUAGAUAAUUAGUUGAAGGCAGAAGAGCAAGUGUUAAGUAUUAACAAGGUACUUAUGCUACUUAUCAAGAACGGUCAAGGUGAGAUUUUGGUUAAUAGGGAGUAGGCUUAAAUACUUGGGAAAACAACAUAGUGAAAAACCAACCAAACGAAAAGCUACCGGUAAUUUCCCAAUAGUUUGGAGUAUUCUCUGUCAUGCAAGUGCUUUGUUGAAAGAACGAUUGGAGACCUGAAAGCUGCUCUGCUUUCUAACCCCUGUGCCCUCAAGUAUCGAAGUCUUGUACAUUUUGUGAAGUUCUAGUAUAUAUUUUGCUUAAGGUAACAAUGAAGUUAGUUUGCAUCGUACACUUACUGAGGGGGGUGGGGGGAAAUACAAGCCAAGGAUUUUAAAUUCAUCUCGAAUAAUAGAGAAUUUAUUAUAAACUAGUCUUGUUUGUAAAAAAAGAAAAAAGUGUGUAUUUUACUGUUUUCUGUAUUAAGUAAUUCUGUAACUGCAUGGGAGUCUUGUUUUUUAAAUAUUUUUUAUAAAAUAGUUGUUACUGGUCCUGUUGUAUCAGUGAAUAUAGUUAAAAUAAGUGCUAUUUUUAAAAUAUUGUUAUCUCCCUAUAUCUUCCGUUCCUACUAGUUUUCUUGAAAGAUGUAUCUGUAUUUGCAGUCUCCUGUAUCGCCACUCAGAUGGCUCUCCCCUGCUCCCAACGUCUUUGUCAAUAUUCUUACCCUGUGAUACCACUGACCACUGUCCUUGAAAUACUUGUUUGCUUUGGCUUUAGGGAGAUAACAUCUCCCGGUAUACUUGCUUAGUCUUCUUUGCAGGUACCUCUUUCCCUUAAAUAUCUGUGUUUUGGGGAUUUAAAAAUUUUUUGGACUGUCUUCUUAUUCACAUCAUCUCUUAGCUAUUCCAUCUUCCUUGGCUUCAGUUAUGCUAGUGACUCCCAAAUGCGUAUUUCCUUUCUCUUCCUAUCCUAAUUCAGGUAUCUAAUUGCUAACUUUGCUGUCUCAAGCACCACAGCAUGUCUUUGGUGUUGCCCCCAAACCUGCUUCUCCUCUCAUGUUCCCUCUUUGAGUAAAUGGCAGUACCACUACCAACCAUUCAGUUGCCCUUGCCUAAGCCAAAAACUGAGUUAUCCAUGACUUUUCCCUCUUCAUCCAUCACACCUACUCACAAAAACCUUUCUGUUAAGUCUACUGUCUAAACUUUUCUCAACUCUCCAGUGCCACUGUUCUAAUUCAGGCCAUCAACCUGCCUAAGUGAUAGCAUCAGCCUCCUCAUUAGUUUCUCUUUCUCUGAUUUUGAUCCCUUUCCACACUGCAGCCAGAUUGUUGCAAAAGACGUAUCUGGGCAUGUCACUCCGCUGCUUUCACCAUUGCUCUUAGGAUAAGACAAUUUCUGCUCAUCUUUCAGGUGUUACUUUAUAUACCACUUCCUCUUGGAAGCCUUCAUUGAUGCCCUCUAGACUAGGUGCCCCUACCACACGCUCCCUAACUACCCUGUUCUUUCCCAACCAUACACUUCACACACUUUAAUGCUACUUCUUAAUAAUCACUGCUAGACUGUAAGCUUUGUGAGGGCAGGGACCGUAUUAUGCCUUGCUCACUGUUUUAUCUCUAGUGCUUAGCCCGAUGCCUGGCAUUUCAAUAAAUGUUUGGAUGAAUAAAUGUACGUGUAGUGUUUUGUACUCUUUGAAACCCUUUCACAGCCUUAUUUCUCUUCACAGUGGUCCUGCCUUAGAUUGCUCUCUGGGUAAUUGCUAUUCCCAUAUUACAAAUUAAGGAAUGAAACUAAGUUCUUUGUGACUAGGAAUCUCUUAUAGGCCCAGAAUUUAACUCAGUGCUUGGCAUAAAUAGUAAAGCCAGAUUCAAACCCAGGUAUACUCACAUAAAUCCACUAUGUAAUACUAAGUUUUCAUCUCCUUGAUAAGAAGUCUUAAUUUUUUAAUUUCCAAAGACAGACUUCCAAAAGAACCUGGAUGAAAAAGAUUGGACAAGGAGUGGUCUAAACAAAACUUAAGUAAUUAGAAAGUUACAUUCAGUAUCAGAAAAAGAGUGCUGCUUGAGAGUUAAUAUCCAUUUUCCUUUUGUCAGCGUCAACCGUAGGAGAAAAUGGCAUACUAUUUACAGAUGGUGUCUGACUCUUCCGGGAUUUAAAAGUAAGUAAAUCUAACAAAAUGUUAGAGGAAUGACUCAGUCAGCCCUUCUGGUCACUCAAUAUUCAGUUCACUUACAUUCCUACCUGCAGACUCCCCUCAUUUCCUCCCCAAAAGUGGAAGAGGACCCAAAAGUGACAUCUAGUCAACAUGUACUUCCUUGAUUUGCUGUAUUUCUUUGGUUUCUUGUUCACAAGCCUCUCUGAACUUAAUUUCUGGGUAACUGGAACCUUCAGCCUUCAUGGGAGAGCCAUACCUUUAUUCUCUUUAUCCCUGAGCCAUUUUGUCCAGUUGAAGGGAGUAACCAGUAUUCUACUCUUAAUUGGAUGUUAGUCUGAAGCACAUUAACUCAGAGAUCUUAACAGUAGGUAUGAUAGUCAUCCAGUGCUUUCAUCCCUGCUGCAACACUGGAUUUUAAUCAAACUUGGGAUUACAGCAUUUCUCAUGUUUGAGAAAUGGCCUCAUCCUACUCAAUGGGUAAUUGAAUUUGUGAACUCUGUUCCCUUGCAUUUCUGGUUGCAAAAUGAUGAAUUAUAUUUUAUAUUGAGUUCAUCUCUUUCCUGUGCAUUUUGUCAAAUUCAGCCCACAGCAAUCAUAAAGUAUUUUUCCUUUAGUAAAGGGUACGUUAUCUGCUUUCCAGCUUCUCUCAAGCGACAGUUCUCGCCCGUGUGUAACAUGAAUUGCCCCUCCAUAAGUUAUUUCUUCCAUCUUCCAAUACAGUGUCCUGAAUGCCUGCCAAUGAAGCCAAUGUUCAGUAUUUUAGGCUUUUUGAAAACUGAACCAGUUUCUGUAUCAGGAUAGGUUAAGGUGCCACACAGUAACAUCCACAAAAUCUCAAGUGUCUCACACAACUUUUCUCUCACUUGGGCAAGGACUUUGCUCUAGGUCAGGGGUGGAUCACAGGCAAAUCUGCUUGUUUCUGUAAAUAAAGUUUUACUGGAAGAUAGCCUUGCCCAUUUACUUGUGUAUUGUCUGCUUUUCCCUACAAUUGCAGAGUUGAGUAGUUGUGACAUAGUAUAUGGCCCACAAAGGCUAAAGUAUUUACUGUGUGACCCUUUACAGAAAACAUCAACUGAUCCCUGUCCUAAGUUAUGCUCAUUCUGGGACUCAGGCUGACCGAGGGGAUACCAGAUAGGGUGAGGCUGCUCAUUUUGGGAAAUGAAGAGUAUGGCAAAUCACUCACAGGCCCUUAAAGCCCUGUCAUUGGCUAAAGUAAAUCACAUGGCCACAGCAAAGUCUAAGGGGCAUAAUCCUUCCACCUGCCUUGGAAGAAAACCAGAAAUACUCGGAAGACAACACUACUGAUUAACACAUGGUUAUAGCUCUCCAUUUAGAGAAUUUCUUUCAAAAUAUUUUUCUUUUUUAUUGAGAUAGAACUUACAGUCAGUAAAGUGUGCAAAUACUAAGUGUAUACCUCAGUGAAUUUAUAUAUACACCCAUGGACCCAUCACCCAGAUCAAGGUACUGAGCGUCUCUAGCAUCCCAGUAGGUACCCUGUGUCCCUCCCACACAGUUAACCACUAUUCUGAACUUUAUCACCAUGGAUUACUUUUGUCUGUUUUAAAACCUAAUGGAAAUGAAAUAAUUAUAUGUACUCUUGUGUCUUUUGUUCAACACUGUUGUUGCAUGUAGCAGCAGUUCAUUUUUUACUUCUGUGUAGUAUUCCCUUGUAUGACUAUCACGAUUUAUGAAUCCAUUCUAGUAUUGAUGAAAAUUUUGAUUGUUUCCAAUUGUGGUUAUGAAUAAAGUUGCUGUGGACAUUUUUGUAUUUGUCUUUCAGUGAACAUACACACCUAUUUCUGUUGGGAUCCUCUGGUAUAUAUACUCUGCUUCCAUACUUCCCACAUAAUCACAUAGCAAC